UUUGUUACGACACAUGUAAGUAUUGUCAGUUUCGAUUCAGCCUGUUAAAAGUUGUGAAUAAACAUUACUUUCUGUGUAGUAAAUAUAAUUCAAUAUAUAAUCAUGGCGAAAAGUAUGUAUGAAUAUGUGAAAACAUUUGAAAUUCCUGAUGUGAUAUGUCCAAAUACUUGGAUCAUCGUACGGAUUGAUGGUAAAAAUUUUCACAAGCUGGUUGAUGUGCAUAAAUUUAAAAAGCCCAAUGAUCAACGCGGUCUCAAUCUGAUGAAUAAAGCGGCAAAGACAGUUUUAAAAGAAAUACAUGAUGUAAUUUUUGCUUAUGGACAAAGUGAUGAAUUUAGCUUUAUAUUCGAUAGAAAUACUAAGCUGUAUAAUAGAAGACAGAGUAAAAUAUUGACUAAUGUGUGCAGUCUAUUCACUUCUUCAUUUGUAUUUUACUGGAAAAAUUAUUUUCCAGAUGAAGAUUUAUUAUAUCCACCAUCAUUUGAUGGUCGCGUUAUUAGUAUUCCAACUAAUAAGAAUUUACGCGAUUACUUAAGUUGGCGGCAAACAGAUUGCCAUAUCAAUAAUUUAUAUAACACUACAUUUUGGGCUUUAGUGCUGCAAAAAGGCUUAACUCAUAAGGAAGCUGAAGAAAGAAUUAGAGAUACCGUUUCUGCAGAAAAGAAUGAAAUUUUAUUUUCGGAGUUCAAUAUUAACUACAAUAAUAUAGAACAACAAUUUAGGAAAGGUACUUUUAUUAUCAGAAGUAAAGUGCACAAACAACUAGUUGCUUUAGAGGAUUUCAUGGAAGAGGAAAAAGGACUUUAUACUUCAUUUUGUGAUAUCAUUGGAAAUAAGUUAUGGAAACAAAAUCCUCAUAUCUUAGGUGAAGAUUGACAUUUAUGCAAAAUAAUUCAUAAACUUGUUUUAAA